AUGAGAAUUAACAUUACGACAAUCUUUUCGAUUAACAGAUUUACUAAAUUUUAUACGAACAGAUUUUUUACAUUCUUCUUAAGAAGGGAAGGUAAACAAGGGGAAUGUCCCUUCUCCGACAUUAUAGUAAGUGUAUCUACAAAUAUCAAUGUGACAAGGAAAGAAAAAGAAAAUGAAAGCAUAAUAUAUAAAAAUGCAAACAUCAUUAAUGUUAAUAAGGAUGAUAAGUACACAAGAAAAGGAUGCAUAGAAGACAGCAAAGUUAACAGGUUCACAAACCCUCAACUCACUGAUAACUGCAGCAAAGGAAAGAAUAACAGAAUAAAAAAAUGCAAAAAAGAAAAGAAGAAUAUUGAUUCUCCCCAUGGAAAAGUAAAUAUUCGUUUUUUGAAUAAAUCUGAGCAAAGGAAAAAACCAAUAGAACAGGAGGAAAUAAAAGAACAGAGUCGAUCCUAUACGGAGAGCACAAACAUAGAUAAAGAAGUUGUAAACGAAUUACACAAUUUAAUAAGAUCUAUUAAAAAACUAGAUGUAGAAAAAAAAAAAAAUAUUAUAAAAUACAUUGACACGUUAGAUAAGAAAUAUGUACAAAAUGUUGAUAAAAAAAUACUCAUCUUUUUUGAAAAUUUAGAUCUAUAUAUGUCCGCCAAUGGUUUGUUAAUGUGUGAUAUUGGGGGUGCAGAAAUAAUUAACCAUAUAGAAAAGGUAGACAUAGAAGGGGGGGAAAGGCAGCUCAACUCCCCUUUAAGCGUAGAUGCUACCGAUGAUAAGGGGUACGAAAAUGGUAUAUUACGCCCUAGCACAGACCUUAGAAUGGGCAUUAAUACGGACGUUAGCACUGGCAUUAGCAUGAACGUUGGUAGUAGCGCUGGAAAUAACAUUAAUAAUCUCUUUGAUAUGAACUUUAUAAGAGAACAGAAAAAGCUUAUCUAUGGCGAUAAUAUAUACCCCAUCGUUCUGAAUAAACGGGAAAAAGAGGACAAGGUUACCAUUAAUGAUCAGGGGAAGACGAGAAAAUUAUUAAACAAAAUGGAUUCAUGUGAAAAAAUGCGCAAUAGAGAGGAUACGGACCAUUGUGAUAUUAUUAAUGUAAGAAGACAAAUGUUGAUCGAACGAUCGUCUUACAAAAAAGCGAUUGAAGAAGCGGAGGACUUUGUUUCGAACCUACACAACUUAAAAAAAAUUACAGAAAUUCAAGGAUUAUGCAAAAUAUAUUUAAAUUGGGUUAGUGAGCUGGAAAAAAAAAUAAUUUAUUAUAAAGAAAAAAAAAAAAUAAGAAAUAAGAAAAUAAGAAAAAAAAAUUUUCUUCCUGAACAUAUGGAAGAAAAAUUACUAGCUAUUAUAACAGUAAAAUGGGCUAUUCAAUACACUUUUAAUCCUUUAAAAAAAAAAUAUUCAAAUAAUGUAACUACUCAAUCAAAGAAUUUUGAACAAUCUUAUGCGUACCAGUCCCUUUUCACACAUGUUGCCAUAAAAAUUGGGGAGGAAGUAAACAAUGAAAUGAAUUUUCAACUACUGGACAAAAACAACCUCCUCUCUAAUUAUAUCAAGAAAAACAAAUCGAACGUAUCCUUUUCUCAUUUCCAGAAGUAUAGGAUUCUGAAUGAGAUAAGACGAAAGAUAAGGAAUGCAAAGGGAGAAGCGGUGAAUAGCGGUACGUUGAAGAGUAGCACGGGUGAAGCAAUGUUAAGUAACGAGCGUAUAGCACCUGAGGUAUCCUCCAUUGACGAUUGUAACCACCUUAUAAGUAACAAUAUCGAUUUAAUUCAAUGGAAUUCUGCAAGGAAGGCAGCAGUGGGUGGCUUUUUACUAAAAAUGCUAGUUGAUAAUGCAAAGGUGGAUGUGGAUUUAAAUACAGCCAAAGAAGAGUAUAAGAAUGAGUACAAAUAUUAUUUAUUUUUACACAAGACAGCAAAAAGUAAUGGAGAUAUGCUGUAUUCUGAAUGCAAAUAUAAAAAGGAAUUAAACUAUCAAAGGUUUUAUGAAGAAGAAUCGAACUCGUUAAAAUUUAUUAUCCUUGAUAGAAGUAAGACUGGAGCUGAUGGCACAAGAGCGGCUAAUAACGCUGACAACUGCAGUAACAUGGUAGAGGAAAAAGGCAAAAAAAAAAAAAAAAAUAUGACAUGUUCAGGAGAGGGGAGUAAAAGCGGAAGGGAAGGGGGAGAAGUGAAAGGGGAAGUGAACGCAGAAGUGAAGGGGGAAGUGAGCUCAGAAGUGAAUGAAGACGUAAAAGAAGACGUAAAAGAAGACGUAAAAGAAGACGUAAAAGAAAACGUAAAAGAACACAUAAACGCACACAUAAACGAACACAUAAACGAACACAUAAACGAACACAUAAACGAACACAUAAACGAACAUGUAGACGAAAUCGAUGUGAGGGGAGCAGGAAAGGGUGUGAAAAGGGAGAAGGAAGAAAAUAAAUUUUGCCAAAAGCAAAAGGAGAAGCUAAAGAGGAAGGAGAUAAUAUUGUACAGGUCGAGGAGGGAUAAGAAUAAAAUAGAGUUAUCCGUGUUUGUACAUUCAUAUAUAUGGAAGAACAACGGAUGGUAUGGCGUAAUACACAUGAGAGGGUGUUGUGCUAAUUAUUUACUAAACAAUGCAAUUAAUUCUCAUGUGCCUUUAAAUUAUUUGCCUAUGAUAUGUAAGCCUAAAAGGUGGAUAAACAAUGAGGAAGGGGGUAUGCUGUUAUUAAAGAAUAAUUUUAUUAGAUGUAAUAUCAAGCCAUUAUUUAAUUUAGAUGUUUGUGAUUUAAGUAGAAUAAAAAAUAUCGUAUCAGAGAUAGGAAAUGUGAGAUGGAAAAUAAAUAAAGAAAUUUUAUAUUUUAUUGAAGAAGCAUAUAUGAAUGGGAAAACAAUUGGUAAGAUACCACUAAAUAAAAAUUAUUCUCUUCCAGACAGUAUUGGCAUGAUUACACUGAGUAAUGAUAAUAAUAGAAACAACAGUAAUAACGAUUAUAAUAGUAACAGUAGUAACAAUUAUGAUGGUAACUGUUACAGUAGUAAUGGUUAUAAUAGUAAUAGUAAGGAGGAACUAAGAAAAUACUACUUAAUAAAAGAAGAAAUAAACAGAUUAAAUAAACGUUUAAUUAGUGAAAGGCCAACAUUUCUACAAAAACUAGCUGUAGCCAAAACUUUAGAAAAUAAUAAAAUAAUAUAUUUUCCUCAUAAUAUUGAUUUUAGGGGUAGAAUGUAUCCUCUCUCUCCUCAUUUACAUCAUAUGAGUGAUGAUAUAUGUAGAAGCUUAAUUUCAUUUUAUGAUGAAAAAGAAAUAGGAGAAAGAGGUUUAUUCUGGUUAAAAAUACAUUUAGCUAACAAUUUUGGAAAAGAUAAACUAAAUUUUGAUAAAAGAAUAGAAUGGGUUAAUAAAAAUCUACAUAAUAUUAAAAAAUUAAGUGAAAAUCCUUUUGAAAAUAUGGAAUUUUGGAAUACAGCAGAUAAACCAUGGCAAGCUUUAGCUGUAUCUUUAGAAUUAACAAAAGCCUUGCAGUGUUCGGAUGCUACAAAAUUUAAAAGUAGUAUACCAGUACAACAGGACGGUACAUGUAAUGGUCUACAACAUUACGCUGCCUUGGGAAAGGAUAAAAAUGGAGGAAAAGCGGUAAACAUCAUUCCAUCCGACGAACCGCAAGAUAUUUAUUCGGUCGUGCUGGACAUAGUGAUAAGUAAGAUUAGGAGAGAUCUAGGCACGGGGGAUGCGAACAGUAUGGGAAGCAUACGCAGUGUGAGCAAAUCUAGCUGCGUAAGCAGUUUAAGCAGUUCUAGGGGUUGUAGAGACUGGGGUAAUGGCUUGAGCAGGGGAGAUCUGGCUAAUUACUGCUUUACAUAUGAUUUACUGAAAAGAAAAGUAGUUAAGCAAACCAUUAUGACGAUCUGCUAUGGGGUAACAUCCAUAGGAGCAAAGAAUCAAGUAAAGGGGAAAAUUCAAAAUAUGAUUGGAAAAGACUUAGACAAAAAUACGAUUAACAAACUGUCACAAUAUAUUUCCAAUUAUAUAUUUGAAUCAAUUAGUGAAAUAUUUAAAAGAGCAAUGAUAAUAAAAAAAUGGUUUAAUAAUUUAUCUAAAGUUACUAAUGAACUAAAUAUACCUAUUACUUGGAUUUCCCCCAUAGGUUUACCAUGUGAACAACCCUACAGAUUAGGAAAUAGAAUUUUAGUUAAUACACCACUACAGUCAGUUAGUGUUAUAUCUUAUCAAAAUAGUUUAUUACACAAAAAUAAGCAAAGGUUAGGAUUCCCACCAAAUUUUGUACAUUCCUUAGAUGCAUCUCAUUUAAUGAUGACAGCAGAAAAAAUGCUAAUCCAAAAUAAUUUUAGUUUCGCAGCUGUACAUGACUCCUAUUGGGCACAUGCAUGUAAUGUUGACAUUAUGAACACAUUCAUUAGAGAUUCUUUUGUAACCUUAUAUAAUGAACCUAUCUUAGAAAACAUUUAUAAAAAUUUUAGGAUGAGAUUAGGUAAAUAUGCUACCAAAAUACCUCCACCCCCCGAGCAAGGGGAAUUAGACAUAUCGCUUGUUCGGCAGAGUAGUUACUUUUUUAGCUGA